AUGGACGCACCACACAACGAGCUGAUGUCCGCUUUGGCGACGCUGCUCGAAGCUGGAAAAUAUUCAGACCUCACUAUUGUGUGUGGAGAGAGGCGAUGGGCCGUCCACAGAGCUGUCAUCUGUUCGCGGUCCGGUUUCUUCGACGGCGCAUGUAGCAAUCGCUUUCGAGAAGCCGAGACCGGCAUUAUUGACCUGAGCGAAGACGAGGAAGACGCUGUUGAGCAUAUGAUCAAAUAUUUCUACCACCUCGAUUACCUGGUCAAAUCUCGUCCGUCAUCUCCGCGUGCACGAGGAGCGCGCAGCCCUUCCCCAAGAAGACCUCGCAAGCUUAAUCUCGCUCUCGUUGAGGACCCGCUGUUGGCGCAAGCCGCAAAUACCACCAUUCCGUCGCACGCAAUACCAUUGACACCACCAGACGAGGCUGCCAGCCGGUUUGAGUCCUUAUCUCUAAACGAGAAGACCCCUAUGACGCCACAUGAGAUGGAAGAGGAGGCAGACGACUACUUCAGUCUUGCGAUGCCUGAGCAGGAGGUAGACUCAGCGGUGCCGCAUCUCAUCCUCCACGCCAAAAUGUACGCAAUCGCGGAAAAAUACGGCAUCAAAGGCCUCAAGUCUCUCGCCCGCAGUAAAUUCUCGACGCAAGUCGAACAGCAUUGGUCAUCCGCCGAGUUCCCCGAAACGAUUCAGGACGUGUACGAGACGACGGUUGACUCUGACCGCGGGCUACGCGAUAUUGUCGUUCAAACUUUCCGCGCGCAUCCCGAGCUCGCGAGGCGGAAAGAUGUCGAGGCGGUUGUGAAGGAGACGCCGGGGGUGGCGUGGGAUCUGUUUAGGGUGGGUUGGGGGAUGCCCGUUACCGCAUGA